AGCCGCAUUUUCAGGGGUUGCAAUCUGCAAUCUGGCUCCCAUCGUCAAUGGGCUUAGUCAUCCAUCUUCAGCUUCAAGCCCAAGUGUCCUCCUUUUAGAGUGGCUCGACGCGGUGGGAAGGCCAACCUACGCGAUCAACCGACUCUCCACGUUCUUUUGUCCCCCGCGAUCCCGACCUCCGAUCCCACCUCCAGGUCUCUCCGAAACUGCUUCCUGCUUCCUCGAACCGGCCGUCCCGUUUUCCCUCCCGCUGCUGCUUCCUCCAACCUUCACAAUGGCCAAAUCCUCCCAGAACAAGUACUCGGUUAUCCUGCCGACGUACAAUGAGCGCAAGAACCUCCCUAUCGUGGCGUGGUUGCUGAACCGCACCUUCACUGAGCAGAACCUCGACUGGGAACUCAUCAUCGUCGACGACGGCUCCCCCGAUGGCACUCAGGAGGUCGCUCAGCAGCUCAUCAAGGCCUACUCGCCGCACGUCGUCCUCAAGCCCCGUGCUGGCAAGCUCGGUCUCGGCACGGCCUACGUCCACGGCUUGCAGUUCGUGACUGGCAACUUCGUCAUCAUCAUGGACGCCGACUUCAGCCACCACCCCAAGUUCAUCCCCGAGAUGAUUGCCCUGCAGGCCAAGGGCAACUACGACAUUGUAACCGGAACCCGCUACGCUGGCAACGGCGGUGUCUACGGCUGGGACCUCAAGCGCAAGUUCGUCAGCCGCGGCGCCAACCUCUUCGCCGAUACCGUCCUGCGCCCCGGCGUCAGCGACCUGACGGGCAGCUUCCGCCUCUACCGCAAGGCCGUUCUCGAGAAGGCCAUCGCCACCACCGAGAGCAAGGGCUACAGCUUCCAGAUGGAGCUUAUGGUCCGCGCCAAGGCCAUGGGCGCCACUGUUGCCGAGGUGCCCAUCUCCUUUGUCGACCGAGUGUACGGUGAGAGCAAGCUGGGCGGUGACGAGAUUGUCCAGUAUGCUCAGGGUGUCUUUUCGCUGUGGCUCAAGGUAUAAAAGAACCAGAUGAAGGAGAUGUAUGAACAAAAGGGACAUAUCUUGUUGGAUUGGGGCGUUUCGGCGGGAAGUAUAGUACCGUUUAAUCUAAUACCACGUUUCUUCGG